AUGUACGCAACACCAAAAAAUGGCCUCAGAAAAUGCUCUAAUGUAGACGAGGCUCGUCUACGAAUAUUUACGCAAACAUAUACAAACAAAAUAGAGCCCACAGACGAGUUCAAGCAAAAGUUGAUGAAUUUCGAUGCUUGCAUAUUACCACCUUGUAAACGUGAACUCCAACAACAACUUCUUCGAGCAGCGUACAUUCGACAUAUGUGGAAAAAUUAUUUUUCUCCAGUGCCCAACGAGUCAUUGAAUGUAGAGGAAUUCGGCUGGAAACUGGAAAAUAACAGCUAUUCCUUCCGGUGGUUCGAGGGUGAUGACAUUCUUCCUAAUGUACAGGAAAUUAUUGAAGCCCCAAAAGAAAGCGUCGCUAAUGACGAGGAAGUCAUAUCGAUGUAUCCAAAUUUUGAUGAUGAAGAGGAUGACAAAUCGAAUAAUGACGAUGACAGUGAUUGCCAAUCCGAUAUUGGCUACACAACGGAAGAAGAGUCCGUACAUAGCCGCGAUGAUGAUGAUGAUAAUAAUAAUGAUAAUGUCGAUAAUGAUGAUGAAGCGGUUGAUGAUAAUGAUAAUUAA